AUGGCCGGCAGGAUCUCCGGCUUGAUUCCCUUUUUGGAGAGAGCAUCGGCUAUAGAUAUCGAAUACCCGCUCCAGUCACCAAAAGAAUGGCCUCAGAAGCUUACUCCAGCAAAUUCCGCAGAUCCUGUCGGUAUCACGAACUUAAGCUAUGCCUUGACUGCCGAUAACGUGGAUGACUUCGACCUAGUCACUAACAGCGAAGUUACCUUUACCGUCUCUGCAUUUCCUGGAGCAUUGAGCUUGCAUCCUGAGCCAACCAAGAAGCCUAGCGCUCACUCAGCCCUCGUAUCUCUUAGCAUUGAGCUCGAGGAUCCCAUCACUCCUCGCCUAGGACACCGCCAAUCCCAACCCCUACCGUCUCUUGUAUUGCCCAUCGGGCAACUGCAAAAGGGUUUCAUGACAGCGCGCGGCAUUCCGCAAUACAUCGACACUGAUUACAUCCUGGUUGUUGAUGCUGCUGGAACUUCACAUGCUGUUUGGCUAAUCUACGACCGAUAUCAAAAAUUUGACGAGGAGUUCAAGGAUGUCACCGACCCAAAGGGGGCUCCUUUGGUCUUUGUCGAGCUGGGAAAGAACUUUGAUGCUGCUCAAGUUUUCCCAAGUAUCAAAGAUUGGAUUGAAGCUCAUGGAACGCUGAGUUCAGCCCAAUUUCAGGAAUCGAUCAAGAAGACAGGAAUAGUAGAAGAAGUCAAGGUCAGGAACACAACAUCAGAGGAUCUCGCGGCUCUGGAGAACAAAUAG